GUUCGACUAUCAAAAGGAACGAACCGAAAGAAUAAACAUUGCAUCUAGGAAAAGGGUCCAACUACUAACUAGAUUUAGAUUCUAGUCUAGAUCUAUAGAAUUUCGAUCUAGUCCAAGUAGAUCUAGAUCUAGUAUUCUAUAGGUCUAUAGAUCUAGUUAUUAGAAUACAGAAUAUAGAUUUUUUAACUUAAGUUAGCAUCUACUAUCUAGUAUUUCUAGUAGUAGUACGAUUAGUAAAAUGGACCGUUUUUCUUGGUGUGAUGGAGGAUUAUAUCCAGAUGAAAGUCGUGUGGUAGAAAAAAGUGGGGUUGCAGUUUAUGAUGGACAAGAUAAAACUGCAUUUACAAAUGGAAUAGCCAUUCUAACCACUCAUCGCUUAAUGUGGAGGGACCAAAAAAACAGGAACUGCGUUAUUAGUCUCCCUCUUUCAAACAUUUCAAGCCUUGAUGAACAGCCCUCUGGCUUUACCAAAAGUGCUAAAAUCAUCGUCCAUUUGACACCUGCAGUUCCAGGACGACCACCAGGGCCUGUUACUUACAGCUGUCAUAAUUUUAUCAGACUGUCAUUUAGAGAAUUGGGUCAACGAGAGUUCCUACAAUAUAUGAAAGAAGAAAUACAGAAAAAAAAAUGGGAGGCUGAAACUGCACCAAUACCAUCAGCAUCUAAUAGUGGGGGCUCAUCAAAUCUUUUACCAAGACAAAGAGCUGGAAUCAUGGGUAUUGAGAGGUCUAUUCAACAAAGAAAUAAAGAAACUAAUAAAAAUAUUUCACAAGCAUUUCAAGACCUUCGUAAUUUAAUGGAAAAGGCUAAAGAAAUGGUGACAUUAAGUAAAACUAUAGCAACCAAAAUAAAGGAUAAACAAGGGGAAAUCACAGAAGAUGAGACUGUAAAGUUUAAGUCUUAUUUGCUGAGUAUGGGAAUUCCCAAUCCUGUCACCAAAGAAACUCAUGGCACAGGAGAUAAAUAUUACUCAGAAUUAGCAAAGGAGUUAUCUAGUGUUUUAGCCAAACAAAUACAGGAAACUGGGGGCAUGAUGACUUUAACAGAUGUUUACUGUCGUGUUAACCGAGCAAGGGGUAUGGAGCUUCUGUCUCCUGAAGACUUACUUCACGCUUGUCAGUUGAUGGAAAUGUUGAGACUGCCUUUACGGUUGCGAACAUUUGAUAGCGGUGUAUCAGUACUCCAGACACAGAGCCAGAAUGAAGAAGAAAUUGUCACACAAACAAGUCAGCUGGUGCAAGAUAAAGGUCCCAUGACUGCUGAGCAACUGGCCCAAAGAUUGGGACUCCCUGUAGUUUUAGCUAGAGAAAGAUUAUUGUUGACAGAAAAACUUGGUGGCUUGUGUCGAGAUGAAACUAUUGAAGGACUCAAAUUUUAUCCAAAUUUAUUUCUUACUCAAGCUUAGUUUUUAUUGAUGUACUUUGUACUUAUGUAUUUAAUUUAUGCUAAUGUGUCUGACUGUGAAUGUUAGCAGUUUCUGGUAACUAUUAUAAUGUACAAAAUCAUUAGAAUCAAAAAUUUCAAAGAGUGGGUUCUAUCCCUGUUUGUAUUCAUUGGUUGAAUUUUAUUUGAGAUGUGGGAUUUAGCAAAUGUAAAAAAUUAUUAAACAAGUCUUGAAUUAAUUUUUUUUCUUAAUAAAAAUAAAGUAGCUCUUCUUUUUGUUAUUGUCAGAAAUAAUUGAAGUUUAAAGCUUAAGAGCUUAAAAAAGUUGGAUAGAUCCACAUGGAGAGCAAACAUAAAGGAAAGGUCCCGGUUUGCAGAUUCCAUACACUACAGUAGUAGAAAGAAGGUGAAAGUGCAACAGUUGCUAGUGAUUACAGAUGCAGAUUGGCCUCUUUAGUCAAACAUGAAGUUGCAAAGGGAAAAAGUUUCUCUCUUGAUACGAAAAAUGCCACUGCGAGCUUAAACAAAUGAUGAAAAAACUUGAAAUUUAAUAGCAGUACCACAGUAAGUUAUCUAGACCUGUAUGUUCACCCUGGCUCAUUUAGUUCUUUUAUGGAGAACCUGAUGGUCAAGUUAGAUUUUAGCUUGGUACUUAAGUAACUGCUGGGCAAUGUGACCAGGUUGAAAGUCCAUGGUUAAGUCAUUUUUGGAGCUUAUCUCUUUUUCAUCUCAUUGUCUUCUCCUUCCACUCUCUGCUGUAGUCUAGAAUUGUGACCUCUAAUGUUGGAUUCAAAGUCAAUCAGUUAUAUUCAAUCACAAAAUCUACACCAAAUACAGAAGUGAUACUGUUCAGUUAAAACACAAUAAAUUUGUACUUGCUUUAAGAAUGUUUGUUCAUAAUCUUCAACUUAGUGCUAAAUGUUCUUUGUGGAUGUGCUGACAUAUUUAAGUCAUAUUUUUAAAAUUGAUUGUCGACCUUUAUUUUGUAUGUCUAGUACUUCAAGGCAUGAUCAAACAGGAUAUGCCUGGUAUGUACCCAGAAUGAAGACAAGAAUACUUGAACGUUACAUGGAGUCACAUUUUUCCAGCUGCUUAAUUACCUCUUCUACAGCUCACUAAAUUGAAUGUCUGUGUGUAGUCGCUCAAUGAACUCACGUUGUGUCUGUUCUAUUUAUGUGUAUGUUUCUGUUGUGAAUAAACAACAAAUUUCCAUAAGAAUCAAUAAA